AUGGUCGGUCAAAACCACAUUUUGAUGAACAUAGAUAGCGGUUCUAUUGUGUAUACUCCUCACAUUACUGGCACUUACGCCAUUCCCACGUCAAGCGAAAAAAUUUUACACGUACAAAUACCAACUUAUCAAGUUAUCAACUCUUCUUCUCCUAUCAUCUAUCCUACCAUGACUGAAAGUGAUUUAAUGUCUUCUUUUGUUCUCACUAAUGAGAUGCAACAACAAUUAUUUAUGGAUCAUAAUUCAAUGCAACAACUUCAAGAUUCUUUCACUGAAACUGAUUAUGAUGAUAUCAUGUUGAGAAGUCCUACUGAAAAUUUUUCGCAUUCUUCCGGUUUAGACUCCCAAGUAAACAGCCCUCCUGGUGAAUGUCAUAGUCCUGAAAUGAUGAACUCUUUUGAUGUUGAUGAUAUCUCUUUCGAUGAAUUUCUUUCCGAUCCUAAUUUGGAUCCUAAUUUAAUGUUUAAAGAUGAUUGUAUUCCUGAAAAUUGUGUCAAUGAUUAUGUUAAACUUGAAAAUCAUGAUAAUGAUGACCUUUUAAUGUCUCAUGUUUCUGAUUCUGAUUCUGCGCAAAACGAUUAUUCUUUUGAUUCUCCUGAAUCUCCAAAAAAUAAUUCUGUUACUAUUGGCACUCCUCCUCCUUCUCCUCAACAAACUUCUGACCCUGCUAAUGCUUCUACUGAUAAUUCCGAUUCAAAAUCAAAAUUAAUUCCUCCUAAAAAGCAAUCUAGUACAAAACCUCCAAGAAAUUUAGAAUGUUACAAUUGUGGUGUAAAUAAAACUCCUCUUUGGCGUCGUACUCCUGAUAGAAUGCAUUCUUUAUGCAAUGCUUGUGGAUUGUAUUAUAAACAAUACAAUACUCAUAGACCCUUACAUAUUAGAAAUAAACCAACUAAUAGUAAUGCUCCUUAUACUCUUCCGAAUGAAAAGGGUCAACCUAUUUGUAAUGCUUGUGGUUUAUAUGCAAAAUUACAUAAUAGAGAUCGUCCUGCUGCUAUGAGAAAAACAAAAAUUCAACGUCGUCGUCGCGAUUGGGGUGGUGCUAAUGGUAAUCAAAAUGGUGUAAAUAUUGAUGACUCCGUUUCUGAUGGUUCUUGCGAUUCAAAUUUACAACAUUCUACCUCCCCUAAUCAACAUCCAAUCACCAUUCAAUUAACUGGUCAACGUCCAAUAGUACCAUUAAUGAUUCCUCAAUCUCAAAUUACUUCUUCUCCAAUUACAAUGAUUGCUUCAAUUCCAUCUCUUCAACCUAAUUAUACAAAUGGAAUUCCUUAUUUAUCUUAUCACGUUGAACUUGAUGAUUCAGGCUUUAAAUCUUCUGUCAGUAAAUUACCAAGAGAUCAAGCUGAAAUUGUUCUUGAUACUUUGGAAAGACGAUGCCAAAUUGUCAAAGAUCUAUUGGUUGAGAACCAAAAUUAUUAA